AUGGACUUCGAGGAGCGUCUUAAGAUGCUCUUUGCUGGAGAGGACGAGAAUCUUCUUUUUACGAACGUUGACCUACACGAGGAUAAGGAUACAUUUAAGCCGGGCCAGGUUGUAGCAUCCUUUGGUACCGUGCCAAAGGGCUCAGAUGCACAGUGGUCCGCCGGCACUAAGUAUAUCAUCAGAACAGAUAAUGGCGGCCUAGAAGCACAUUACGUCGACUGGUCAAGGAAAGAUAGCUCAGGAGAACCUCAGACAGCUGCCAGUGAGAAUGCGGACUGGUCAAAGGAAGAUGGCCAGGACGAGCCUUGGACAAUUAUCAGUGAGUUUGUCGACUCGCCAAAGGAAGAUGGCUCCGACGAGCCUUGGACAGCUGCUAGUAAGUAUAUCAUUACGCUGGAGGACGGCAGCCCGGACGAAUAUUCGGUCGACUGGUCAAAGGAAGAUAGCUUAAACAACGGUGCGUUUAAGGAUGAACACCUGGCUUCGUCCUCUCGCACCACAAAGAAGAAAGCAAAAGCCUCGAAGAGGAAGAAGAGCAAGGCUCGUGGGAAGCAAACUACCCACGAGUUAGCUACAGCUGUAGCUAGUUCGUCUGGAUCUAGGGAGACGACCUAUUUCUGCCCACUGAUGGCCAUCUCUAGAUUUCCGUAUAAGUAUAUCAGAGGAGACAACAUGGUGCAUAUUGCACAUACAUACUUUGACGGAGGCAAAUUCUGGGAUCGACCAUGGGACGUAAGCUGGGGUACGUCCUUCAACCGUCAAAUGAAGGGGAAGCUGGAACAAGCAGUGCCCAGUGCACCAAGUGGUAAUAAUGAGCCAGGAGAGAAUGCAUCUCCCGAGUUGAAACAUUCCUUUGAUGUUUUCAGGGAGAAAAUGGAGACAGCAUAUGCCGCCACACGCCGCAAGUCCAAAAAGACCAAGGGAAAACGACAACAGACUCAAAUACAGAAAAUUCGCUCCUGGAAUCGCGAACUCAAGCGUACACAAUGUUACCUGGGCCUUCGACCUCGUGCCCCACGAAGUGAUCCCGACCAGAGCGAUGUCACCAUUCCCACUGACUCAUCAUGGUCAGAGCAACAGCUUGCUGAGAAGAAAACUGCGUUAGCAAAUGGGUCUAUCCUGGAACCGCUAGAUGUCGAAGACCCUGCUCCCUUUACGUUUGCGGAUGAGCCCAUCUUCAUCUGCAUCGACGUUGAGUUGAACGAGAGGCAUCACGAGCAGAUUACCGAAAUUGGAGUUUCUACUCUGGAUACCCUUGACCUGGCUGGCGUUCCACCUGGAGAAGGAGGACGUGACUGGAUGGGCAAGAUUCGAUGCCGUCAUUUUCGCAUUUCUGAAUACGCAAAUGUUACCAACCAUCUUUUCGUGGCCGGAUGCCCAGAACAGUUCGAUUUUGGCCACAGCGAGUUUGUAUCAAUUGCUAAUUCUGCCGAUACUGUCGACUCAUGCUUCCAGCCCCCUUACUCCGGCCACAUCCAAUAUACAGAGAAUAGUAAACGUUUCGCCACAAAGGAGGCAGACGGGAAACGAAACUGGUGGGAUGACGGCGGUGUCCAACUACCACCCAAUAACGAGAAGACACCAGAUCAUCUCCCUGAAAUAAAAAAGUACAAGAAUCAACAACGAAAACUAGUUCUCGUCGGCCACGGCCUCUCCGCUGACGUCGCCCACUUACGAAAACUUGGUUGUACAUCCUUUGACCCCCACGUCACUCUCUCAGCCACGGGCGAAGAAAUCAAUCACCAACCGUAUUUCCUUGAUACGGUAGACACUGCUAACCUCUUCCGCAUCCUGAAGCGUGAAACCCAACCUGCUGCUUUGGCCAGAGUCCUUCUUGAACUAGGGAUUGCUGGCUGGAAUUUUCAUAACGCCGGGAACGACGCACGUUACACCCUCGAGGCAAUGGUGGGUGCCGCUGUUAAUGCCAUUCAAAACGAGAGCAACGCCAGUGUUGAUGCAACGGCUGUUCGGCUAACACCACAGCCCGGUGAGGAAGGCCUACACUGGCGACAGGAGGUCGAGCGCCGCAUCGCCGUGGGGCGCCAGGAGGCUGAGAUGAAAGUUCGUGAGGAAUGUGCAAUGUGGGACGCAGUCAUGGGUUGGAAUGGAGACUCCGCGAUGAUGCUAUUUAUUUUAAUUAAUCAACCUAAGAAAUAA